AUGUGGUUUAGAGAUGUAUACGAUAUCGCAUUAGGUUUGGGGAACUUCGUCCCACAAUAUUUGUGCAUAUUCUUAUCAACAUUGCUUGUUUUGACACCUUUCUCUCCUAUUGAUGCUGUUCAGGAAUUCACCGUUUAUCGCGCCCAACAGUACGAUUUCCAAGGUGUUCGUAUUGGCAGUCGAUUGUCGUCCGUAAAUUGUGAAGCCCAAACACUAAGCAAUAAAAUAGUUGGUCGGAACUGUCUUCUUUUACGGUUAGCAGAAGUGACAGUUGAUAUUAUAAAGGAUGCCAUUUACCACAAAGUGUCUGGAAUUAUAAUUAUUCUACCAUCCCAUCCGUGGUCACAAGCAUUAAUAAAUCAUUUUAUCCAUGUAGAAAAGGAGCUAUUAACUGAUGAAUUUCAAAUCCCUAUCUACUUUACUCUUAACAGUUCAUCAGUACAAGAAGUAUUUGAACAGGUUAGUCAACUCACUAGGUCCAGUACACAGAACUCAGGGUUAUCUGCCUUAACUCGAGCAAUAUCAUCAACUGGGUACCGAUUGUUGACUGGAUCACUAGUACCAAAGCCUAUAGCUGAUAAUUAUGUGUUAAACAUAGAGGGUCGUCUUGGGAAAGAGAGUGCUAAAUCCACUAUUAUUAUUUGUGCACAUUAUGAUGCGAUUUCAGCAAUUCCUAGUUUGGCUUAUGGAGCCGAUGCAAAUGGUAGUGGUGUGGUUAUCUUACUGGAACUUGCCCGUUUAAUAUCACGUCUCUACGCGAACGAAGCUAAUAAGUUGCCAUAUCAAAUUGUUUUCCUUCUAACUGGUGGUGGAAAGUUCAAUUUCGUUGGUUCUAAACGAUGGCUUGAUCAAAAUAUUAAAGAUUCUGUUGGUUUAGCUCUUCUGGAUUCUGUUACACAAGUAAUCUGCUUAGAAGGGUUGGGUUCACCGAAUUUUGGUCAAAAUAUGUAUGCACAUGUAUCGAAGCCACCAAAAGAGGGUUCAUUUUUAUAUUAUUUUCUUAAAGCUUUAAAUGUAGCCAGUCAGUUACAUCCAUUUCCAAAUGAGCUAUUAAUUCAUAGUUAUCAAUCGCCAAGUAACAAUGAGUCCAACAAUAGUACCAUUCAAAUGAUUCAUAAAAAAAUCAAUUUAAAUCAAGAAACUUUAGCUUGGGAACAUGAACGUUUCUCUAUUCAUCGAUUACCAAGUGUAACAUUAUCAAAUUGGCCAUCUAUACAAAUUGCUAAUCAAUUGCGUCAAACUACUUUAGAUGGUAUUAAUGUUAUGAAUAAGAAUGAUGAUGAUGAUGAUGUAUUAGCGGAUUAUUCUAAUCAUACUAUUAUACAUCGUGGCAAUGUGAAUUCAGUUAUAUUAGCUCGAAAUACACGUGUUAUAUUGGAAGGUUUGUUACGUGUUCUGUAUGAAAUAAAUAUAAAUCAAUCGAUGAUAAUGAAUAAUUCACCAAUUGUUGGAUCUCAUUGGUCUAAUGAAAUCACAACUGGCUCAUUAUUGGAUUUAAUUACUAAAACUCCUAGAAGUGCUCAAUAUUUAACUUCAAAAUGGAAUACUCAUUAUAAAGCUGUGGAACGUUUACCUUCAACAGAUCCUAAAAUCAAUGGCAAAGAUCCUUCAAAUAGAACAAGUGUCAUUAAAGAUUUAGAAUAUUAUUUAUCACAAAUUGUCGAUGAUGUUCAUGUUGUACAAUAUUCAUUAAAUGAUGAAACUACCAAGUCAGGUGAUAAAACAUCAUCUUCUAAUCAUAGAAGUAGUAGUAGUAGUCGAACAAAAACUGGUCCUCAUUCAGAUUCUAGUGAAACAGAAUUUAAUUCAAUACCAUCAAUGAUUAUUACCUCGACGGCAGCAUCUACAGAAAUAAAUGUUGUUUUAUAUUCUGAUGCGGAUCCAUGUAUUAUGUCUGUUCAUAGGCUUAAAUCGUCCAUAUUUGAUUUUGUUAUUGCUUGUUUAAUAACUGGUUACCUUGGAUUGAUGUAUAUGUUUUUGGAGUAUUUUCACAUUGUUCAAAAUCUUUUUAAAUAUAAUCGAACAAUCAAAUCAAAAUCUCAAUAA